AUGGUUUUUGUGCCUUCUAGAGCGACAUGGUUUGUCCAUUCUAUGAAGCGAAAACUAUCAAAAUCCCAAGUUCUGUACUAUCUUAAUACGUUUGCAGCUAGGAGAUUGUUGUUGCUAUCUGGUAAUAUCGAGCUAAACCCUGGAUGGCAAGACGCGGAACCAUCGCUUGGUCAUCAAUGGAGUAAACCUAAAGAUACCAACAAAAGAGCACUUCCUAAAUCAAGAGAAGUUGAGACACUGGACAAAAGAACUGAAGAUAUUGUAACUAGUUGUAAUAUCGAAGAGGAUGUUGAAGUUCCAGUGGAAAACAUCGAUAAUAUGGAGAGCUACCAAGAAAACUCUCAGGAUGAACUUAUAAAAGAGCUGAGGAUGCAAGUAGAUAGACUUCAGAAACAAGUACAGUCAUUAAACGAUGAAUGUCAGUAUCACAAGAGCAAAUAUUUUUCUCUCGAAAAAUAUAAAGAUGAUGAUAACGCAAUCUCGUUUUACACAGGAUUUGAAAAUCAUAAUGCACUAGUAGCCUUCUACAGAUAUCUUGAGCCUAAAGUACAGAAUUUGCAGUAUUGGAAAGGUGAAAAAAAUUUAAAGCUGUCUACAAGAUAUCAUGAAAAUAAUGUAAAAAAGAAACCUGGUCCUACCAGAAAACUUGAUGGUUUGAAUGAACUAUUCAUGGUACUUGUCAGAUUAAGAGUWGGAUUGUUUUUAUCUGAUCUUGCUGAUAGAUUCGGAGUUAGUCAGUCAUUAGCUUCAAGCAUAUGUAAUACUUGGAUUGUCUUUUUAAGUCAUGAACUGAAACUUUUGUUUCCUUUCCCUUCUCRAGACCUUGUGAGAAGAAAUAUGCCUGCAGAGUUUAACAAAUAUCCCACCACCAGAGUAGUGUUAGACUGUACAGAAGUUUUUAUAGAAAAACCAUCAGCAAUGAUUGCGCAGUCCCAAACUUGGUCCCAGUACAAACAUCAUAAUACCUGGAAACUGUUGGUAGGAGUAUCCCCAAAUGGACAGGUGACCUUUGUAAGUGAGGCUUGGGGUGGUAAAGCUAGCGAUAAACAAAUCACCAAAGAAUGUGGUAUUCUUAAUUUAGUAGAGGCAGGAGACAACCUCAUGGUGGAUCGUGGCUUUGAGAUAGAUGACAUUGUCCCCUUGGGAGUAAAAGUAAACAUGCCACCAUUUCUUGGGAGUAGAAGUCAGAUGGCGGCAARUGAGACAGAACAAACAAUGCGUAUUGCAUCUGUUCGCAUUCAUGUUGAGAGGGUUAUUCAAAGGAUCAAGUCAUUUCAUAUUUUGGAUGGAACAUUACCUAACACUAUGGCACCAUGGAUCAACCACAUCUUCAGUGUUUGUGCCAGACUGACAAAUUUUUGGCCACCCCUUCUUCCCCCAGCUAACUUAAGAAAGAGCUGA